GAGAAGGCGGUUUAACGUUUACUGCAGCUCUUCGGAAGAACUAUGCCAGAGCCAUCGAAAUCUGCUCCGGCCCCUAAAAAGGGUUCUAAGAAGACCAUCACUAAGGCGCAGAAGAAAGACGGAAAGAAACGCAAGCGUAGUCGUAAAGAGAGCUAUUCCAUUUACGUAUACAAAGUUUUGAAGCAGGUCCACCCAGACACCGGCAUCUCAUCAAAAGCCAUGGGUAUCAUGAACUCGUUCGUCAACGACAUCUUCGAGCGCAUCGCGGGUGAGGCGUCGCGCUUGGCGCAUUACAACAAGCGCUCCACGAUCACAUCUAGGGAGAUCCAGACGGCUGUGCGCCUACUGCUCCCUGGGGAGUUGGCCAAGCAUGCUGUUUCGGAGGGCACCAAGGCCGUUACCAAGUACACCAGCUCCAAGUGUUUUUUCCGGUGGUGUUGAUAGUUGAAGCAAUUUUGGAGCCAGAGCCCCAAGCGACUUGGAAGGUUUAUCGGCUUUAAAAGACAUGAAUUACUGUGUCGCAUUACUCAAAAAACUCACCUUUUCCCCAGGGAUUAAAUUUCCAGAUGCUUAUUAA